CACACACAAUAAUGAAUAACUUCAUAUCGCUCAGGUAGGCCUACUGAUAAUCCCAUCAAGCAGGAAUUCCGAAACAUCUAAAAUGAAAUACAUGUCAAAAGUCAAAGGUACAUUUGCAAAGAUCCAAAUCAAAGUUCUUCACUAUAUAAAAGUUAGUCAAAAGGAACACAAACAAUUUAGCAUGUGAUUUCAUUCUCAUUGAUCCAUGAAUCACCACAAAGUAAACAGUAUGCUCCUGGCCCACGUUUGCUGGCAUUUCCGGGCCAUGAGAAGGCAAACAUGUCGCCCAGUGCGGCGCACGAAUGUCGCCUUCGCCGAGAUGUUCUCUCACACCCGAGCCGGAGCGCUCGGUUGCACUGUGAAAACAUGGCUGCGAGCGAGCGUGCUGCCAACCUACGGAAGUGAGGUGCCCACGUUCCACCACAGUGGAGAGCACGCCAGGAUGAGGAGACUGUAGGCACCCGCCGUAGUAUGGCCGCGUCCCGUUCCUCGCGCGUCACAAGGUCAUCGGUGGGGCUUAAUGGAUUGGACGAGAACUUUUGUGGCCGCACGCUCAGGAACCGCAGCAUCGCUCAGCCCGAGGAGACAUUUGUGUCUCCGCUCCCCAGGGCCCGGUCGCCCAAGAAGAGGCAGGAGUCUCGGCAUGACUCCAGGCAGGUGUCCAAACAGCAGGGGUCCAAGAAGGAGGACAAGCAGGAGUCCAAAUCAGACCCCAAGAAGGAGAAAACCAAACAGGAAACUCGAGAGUACGUUGAAAAUGAGUUGGUCCAGGACUCUGAGCAGCAUAUCUCAUUGUUGGAACGGUUAAAUGACUCCAAAGACUCAAAUAGUCCUUUGGUAGCUGAGCAGGAGCCGUCGUCCGGCCCACUCAAACGUAGCGGCUCGUGUCUGGAGAACGACGUUAGCCCCGAGAAGUCGGAAAACUGCGAUAAAGGGAACGGGGCGCCGGCUGCCCCUCCUUUAAUCAAAAGGGCCAAGCGGUGUUCCCGACCCGAAUCUCAGGGACACGAGGAGGAUGCGGCAAAUCCCGAGAGUCCUGUUUCCGACCUCUGUAAAGGCAACACUUGUGAAGACAUUCCUGCCUGUAACUCGGACUUGGCUCCUGCCUCGCCUGCCCUCGCGGAAGAGGAGCCGGCUAAAGAUGGCCGGGAGGUGUGCGAAGAGGCACUGUGGCUCCCGGACUCACACAAGGCCUCCAAUGGACUCGGGGAUGACGUGGUGGAGAAACUCGCCGAGGACUCUUCAACUCCUGCAUCAGUCACGGGCUGUCCUACGCUGCUCAACGGCGACCAGGCUGGGGCGUCCUCUUCGCCCCAACCGACGGUGCCUUGUACAAACUCCAGCCCGGCGCGCGCAGCAGUCGCAGCCUCGGAGGCAUCGCCUGCGUCCUUCUCGCCGGCUCCUCCGGAGGACCCGCUCCCGGACUUGAUGGUGGCUAGGGAGCAGGAAGUGGAGCACGUUGAGGUGGACGUAGUAGGCGACCCCCUAUGUCUGGCCGGCGAGGAGCAGGUGAUGGACAGCGAGUGCGACGCUAACGGAGGUCCGCUCACGCCGGUCCCAGACGCUGCCUCGGCCGCUUCACCUUCACCCGCAACCUAUAAUAGCAACUCAGGAGAAACGACGCCCCCGCUGGCGCCGACCCCGCCGCCCACCGAGCCCGGUUGCACCCCCCCGUCUUUUGCAGAACUUUACGAACACAGGUACACCCUACGGACUUCGCCACAUAAGGUGUCCCCCGCUAAAGCCUGCUCUCCGCCUCGGGACAACGGGAGGGAAGAAGGGGAGACGGCAGAAGAAAUGGACGAGGACUUUUCUGUUCCCUUGAACUCCUUGUGUCUCCCGGAGGACAAGGGGACCACCAGCGCGCCGCCCGGGGACCAAACGUGUGGCACCCAUGACGUCGGCAAGGAAGUGGCGUGCAGUCAAACGACUGAGGAGGAGGAGGAAGAGGAGCCAGAUGUGUAUUACUUUGAAUCUGAUCACCUGGCUCUGAAACACAACAAAGAUUACCAGAGGUUGCUGCAAACCAUCAGUGUUCUUGAAGCCCAGCGCACUCAGGCCAUCCUGGACUUGGAGACGUUGGCGCGGCACCAAAGAGAGGCCCUGGCCAACCCAAUUAGCUUUGUGGAGCAGCUGCAGAAGAGGGUGAAUCUCGGCCUGCCGUGCCCCCAGCGUGUCGUUCAGCUCCCUGACCUGUCUUGGGAGCAGUACACCUCUGGCCUCGGGGAUUUCCAGAGGGAGUUUUGUGACAAGAAACGAAAAACCAGGCGGCUCAAGCUCAUCUUUGACAAAGGUUUGCCGGACCGACCGAAAAGUCCCGUGGAGCCCAAGAAGGAGUGCGAAACGUCCACCUUGUAUUCCUCGCUCCCCACUAGUGAUGCCCCGGAGAAUGGCAGGCCGACACAGAUGAUUCGGGGUAGGCUCUAUCACUCCAGCAAGCCUGACACCUUCAACCAGCUGUGGACGGCUGAGGAGCAGAAGAAACUGGAGCAGCUCCUUCUCAAGUUCCCUCCUGAGGAAGUGGAGUCCAAAAGGUGGCAGAAAAUCGCAGACGAGUUAGGCAAUCGGACGGCUAAACAGGUUGCCAGCAGGGUGCAGAAGUACUUCAUCAAACUGACAAAAGCUGGAAUCCCUGUGCCUGGUAGAACCCCAAACUUGUACAUGUACACUAAGAAGGCAUCCAGCAAGAGGCAGCACCAUCACCUAAAUAAGCACUUGCGGCCCUCCACCUUCCUCACCUCCUACGAGCCGCCUGUCUUCAUGGACGAUGAUGACGACGACGAGGAGCGAGCAGCGUUUUACUGUGCCAUGCACGACCCUUCAGCAGAAGACUCGGAUGAUGACGGCAUCCCCUUGGAGCUGCGUAACCUUCCCGAAUACAAAGAGUUGAUGGAGCUGAAGCGUCUGAAGAAACAAAAGCUUCAGGAGAUCCGCGAGGACAAAGUCGGCGUGCAACACCUGGGAUACAAGUGCGACGUGUGCGGCAUGGACCCCAUCCAAGGUGUACGCUGGCACUGUCAAGAUUGUCCGCAGGACAACGCUGUUGAUUUCUGCGCCAACUGCUCAGACUGCUUGUUCAAGACAGAAACUCACAAGCCCACCCACCACCUGGACCCCGUGUACCAGCCCGAGACGUUCCUGGACCGUGACUACCGCCUGCCCCAGAGCACCAGCUACAACUACCUGGACCCCAACUACUUCCCGGCCAACAGAUGACAAAUCAGCGGCAGGCAUCCGUAGUUCUAGCGAACGCACGCUUUGUCUCGCUCUUUGUCUCUCUCCAGCGCGCACGGCUCCACCGCCCGAGCUUGAUCUCCCGCCGUGUCUGAACGGAGCGAGCGGAGCCUGCCGCUCGGGGAGUCGGCCGACCCGGCGGGCCGCCGCCUUUCCCGGGUUCGACCCGGGAUCUCUUAAAGACAAAAAAAAAAGUGAAGGCAACAUUCCCGGGCGUCGCAGACUGGCGCUGACGCAUUUCAAACGCCAACACAGCGUGUCCCCCCCCCCCCCCCCCCCCUUCCGUCUUUUUCGUCCAUCAGUGUUUGCCGCCAUGGAUCACGUGAAGUGUUUAAGGUGACCAGUAGUUGGCGCUAGUUGUUGUGUGUGUGCCAUUUAAAACAAAUCAAAACAAAACAAAAAAGUUGUUUUGUUGGUCAUCUUUUGGUUGAAAACUUCAUGGGGAAAAAGAUUGUAUUUUUGUUAAUCUAUUUAAAAAAAAAAAAACACCCAAAAAAGAUUUGAGGUGGUGCUCGGUGCCUCCACACUUUUAUAUACACACAUAGACAUACACACAUAAAUUGUUUGUGCUCGACUAGACACAGUUCUCACCUUUCAACGCCCCCCCGAACCCACUUUCAGUAUCUGUGUAUAACAAGUCUGUUUUUAUGUAAAGAAAAAUUAAUAAUGUACAAAAAAUGCUAGAGGAGAAGCGUGGAAAUAAAAAGUAUGUGAAAAUAAUUUUUCUCACCAUUGUUUUAUUAACAGGUUUUUUUAAGUACUCGGUGGCACCUCCAAAGUAAGCAUAUCUCUGGUCUCAUCUGCAGUGGGUGAGUACAGUAGUUUCCCUCUUAAUAAGGUGUUAAAAGUGCUGUGAAAUGAGAGCAGUCUUUGUAGCCCAGUCUAUCAGUUGUUACCAAAAUAGUAUUUUGUUUUAGGUGUGUGCCAUCUUUGGCACACCACGAUUCGAUUCAAUUACGAUUCAGGGUGCUACGAUUCAAUUUUUGAAUGAUGAUCACGGUAUUGACAAUGAUCGCGAUUAUCACGAUUAUCGAUGCAUCGUACAUUACUGAUUAAUAAAGUCACCGAAAAAAUGUAUGUUGGUACCCAGGCAGCACUUGCAACAACAGAUUUCUGUACUUCUUCGCAUGUUUGUAGUGUUACCGCUGUACUUAAUCAUGGUUUUACACGUUCUGCAUAUGAAAUACACGUUAGCGAAUUAGCUAAUCAGCUUAGUGCUCGGCGCUACCUAUUAACACCUCAAAAACAAGAAUAAAGGCUAAACGGUACAAGAGGGUUUGUGUACUCACCUCUUUAUAGACGCAAACAGGUUUUAGCAACACACUCAGGACAUUUUUCAAUUGAAAUGCCUUAAAACUACUGCCGGACAUCUGAAAGACGAUGAGCAACGCACUCUCUUCCCCUCUAGCUCUAAAAAAAUAACUGCGGUUGCACAGACGCGCCACCCAGCGGUCGCGCCUCUUUGCCUGCCUGUCUCGUAUACAAAUUUAUUUUCCAGUCUUUUAAAAAGGUGUAAAUCUCUCUCCCAGUAACCGGGAGCAUCCAUCAUAACGUUGUGCGUGCAUCCAUUAACGGUGCAGACGUGUCUUGAAUUUCGUUCCGCUUCGAGCGGCUUUCAUAAAGUUAUGAUUGAAAAUCAUUUUUGAACCUUUAUGAAUUGUAAUCGAAUCGUCACGUGUCGAAUCGCGUUGCAUGUAAUAAUCGAUUUUUUAAAAACCGAUUUUAAACUCUAAAAGCAGUGUUUAGCCACGUUUAGAGGACUGUGAAGCUCCGCGAAUGAAUGAAUCAUAACCAGUGAUGAUGAGCAUGAGAUGUUGAGCGUGUUACCUUUAGUCAAUGACAUACACAAAACAAGUCUUAGCGCAAUCACCACGACUACAGAGGUAGGGCUUAAACGCGUUAAUUACGAUUAAUAAAGCACGAAAAAUGUUAAAUAUUUUAAUCAUGGGUUACAUCUGAUUACUUGGGAGUUUUAGGCCUCUGAAUUUACUGUUUAUAGCUGAAAAAAUAUACAUUUAAUGCUUUUUUUCCUGACCAUUUAAAUGUGCUUCAAUGACAGUUCAACAUAAUCCAUGCGAGCCCAGUGUGACAUGUUACACUUAGAAUUUCACAAUUUUGAAACAAAUUCAGAAUUUUGAUAUUUCUUGCUCAAAAAUCGAUUGAUGCAAGUCACCACAUGCAUCUGCAAGUUCCAUGAGGGGAAAAAAAAUGAGAAUUUAGCAAGGUUUAUAGUAGAACUGUCCCGACUAGUCGACAUAGUCGACGUCAUCGAUGACGUAAAUCCGUCGACGAGCACAACAUCCCGUCGACGUUUAAUGAAGGGUUAAAAAAAUAUAUGCGUGGAAAGUUCAGAAUGUCGGACGCUUGGCAUGCAAGCGAGGAAAGCGGCACAAAGCCAAAAAAGAGUCCAAAACAUUGACUUACUUUUAAAGAAACAAAGGAGGGUACACUGUUGUGUCCUGUCUCUUCAGUGCCAAGCUUGGCUGCACGUCGGCCGUGAAUGAUAACGACAGGAGAUUGUAAGUCCGUCUAACUAACUAAUGACAUGUUUUAUUGAAGUUGCUAAGCCUGUCGCGAUAUGCAAUGAGUCCAUUUAUCGCAUGGUAAAUAAAAAUGAGGGCGGUCAUUUUCACGGCUGCUUUUUAUCGCUGCGCGCGCGUGCGUGCUGAUGGCAUAUGAGACUCCAGUUCUUUUCUUUCAUCAACACGCUGUAAACUUAAAGUUCAGACAUACAAAAUAAGAAAACACAUCUAUAUUAAACACUGUAUACGUUAGCAUUGCUACAUUGAGGUGAAUGGGGAAAAAAGACGACCUACUUUAGCCGGCUAUAAAACAGGCAGCCUUCUCCAAAACUUGCAGUUAAAAGGUGACACUUCAAACAUGACAAAUCGCUGGUUAACAGCAUAUGCAAAAGGAAAAAAAAUCUAUUACUGACAACACAUGCAAUGACAAAAAGUGCUUUUUUUUCGAAGUGUAAAGCUUAAAUUAGCGAUUUAGCGAACGUACUUCCGGUGAACAUUUCAAAAUAAAAGCAUGUAAUGUUUGUCAUAUAAAUAACGAUUUCUGGAGUUAUUCCCACAUACUUCAGAUUUUACACUAAGAAUGCCUUUAAAAAUGACACCCUUUAUGAAAAUUCUGAUUGGCAAUGAAUAAUUAUUAUAAUACUAUUAUAUAUAGUACUACAGUAUACUGUAAUAUUAAUGCUAGGUAUUUUUUUAAGAAUUGUUUUGAAUCAUUUUGGAAAGGUGAAGUCAGUGUUCUGAAUCUGUUUACGUUCCAUUCUUUUGCACAAGUUAAUUCUAUCAGCAUUUGAACUCAUUGUUUAUUUGUGAUUUAUUAUUAUUUAUCUGUUUAUUUGUAUUUAAUCAAGAAUUUUAGUGUUCCAAAAUGUUUUUGUGAAUUGACAAGCGUAAAAAAAAAUUCAUUGCUAAAUUAGUUAAAAAAAAAAAAAAAUUAAAAAUUAUAAGAUUAGUCGACUAAUCGUAAAAAUAGUCGGCUGACUAAUCAGGAGAAAAUUUGUCGUUUGGGACAGCCCUAGUUUAUAGUAGAGGUGUGCAAAAUUUCCGAUUCUUAGAUUAUUCGCGAUUCGGCCGUGGAAGAUUCGAGAACGAUUGACAAACAUCCAAAUUCCGAUUAUUGAAAUAUGCGAAGUAAAGCGGAAGUACACAACACUCAGCGCGCCGCGCGGUCUUCGGGACGGAACGGAGCGAGAGUAGCUAAACAUCAUGCUUCCCAUUACCCGGCCCCUCGGGUAAUGCCAAUGCUCAACUCACGGCUCUAGCUCAACUCAUGCAACGAGAUAAAAAAACAACAUACCUGACUGCUGCCAAAAAGCUGCUACAAAGUACAUCCAUAUAAUGUUACGGUGGAUAUCAUUUAUAUAGGACUAGAUGCAAUAUAGAUUUGGUAGUGUUAGCAGCACAUCUACAAAAAGCUAGAUGCGGGCGUUAUAAACGGCCGCCAUCUUAAAGCAGUACACUUCCCUGCAAGGCUGUUGUAGCGAACCUUCCAAGCAAACCUAAUUAACUUUUUAUCUAAAAUACUCCUAAAUCGGUAAAAUAUUGACUUGAAUCUAUCUUUAAAAUAGUUUUAAAACUUUCACAUGUCGAAAGUAGACAAAAGGGAAAUUAUGGAAUAACGGGAGAAAUUUUAACAAAUUUAACGGUUGAUUCACAACAUUAAAUUAAUUGAAUGUAGUUUAAAGCUGCUGAUACAGAAUGGGGCCUGGAGUUUUUUAUUUAAUGUUAUUUUUGUAAAUUUGUUUACUGCUAUAUGUUAACUUGAUACUGAAAUAGUAGUGUGGUUUAGCCUGAGAGUAUUUUUGAACAAUUUUGGAACUAAUGUACAAAACAUUAAAAAAAGAAAAAAAAAGGAGGGGGGUGCAUCAAUAAUCGUUUUAUAAUCGAAUCGGAGCCUCUGAAUCGUAAUCGUAAUCGAAUCGUUAGGUGCCCAAAGAUUCCCAGCUCUAGUUUAUAGAUACUAGAGCGCUUAUUCAUAAUAAUGAUAAUACAUUUUAUUUCUAGAGCGCUUUUCAAGCCACACAAAGACGCUUCACAAGACAGGUGAAAUCACAAUACCAAUAAAACAAUCAUAAGAUUAAAAGCACGAUAAAUAGACGUAAAGAUAUAACAAGAGCUAGGGAUCAUGGUGGGUAAGAAAGUGAACAGGUGUAUUUUGAGUCUGGAUUUGAAAAGUGAAAGGGUAGAUUUACUGCGAAGAUCAGGGGGAAGGGAGUUCCAGAGCUGGGGGGCACACUAAAAACUCUGUAAGCAAAGGUGGAGGGAUGGUGUAAAAGCGAAGUGGAC